GGGGCGGAACGUCCUUUGGCAGAUCGGAAGUGGAGCUGCGAUGUUGCUGGACAAAGCGAAACUAUUCCAGAAUUAAACAGACCUUCACGGCAACGACAACGCCAAAAUUAGACCAAGAAAAACGGUGAUUUAGAGCUGCUCAAUCAUCUAAAACUGAGCGGCUACGUUGUGGCAAGAGAAGCAGAAAUAGCCUAAAGUAUUAUGAUGGAUAUUCAUCGAAAGAUCAUGCUGGUUUUCAUCUCUUUGGCCAUCGUCAUGACAGCCUGUCCUACUGGGGUACGAGCUGUCUGUUGCUGUCCGACCUUCUGGACUGCUUUUGGACAGCAUUGUUACAGAUUCUUCGCCUCCAACACGACAUGGCAGGAUGCAGAAAGCAGCUGUCAGUCAUACAGCGUACCCUCUCUCGGCAGUGGAGGAGCAGUCAUAGAUAGUUUGGGUCAUCUGGUUUCCAUCCAUUCUGAAGCAGAACACAACUUCGUCGCAACUCUUUUCGAAACUUCUCGGAAGAAGGAGUCUGGUAUGGCUAAUAUGUGGCUUGGAAUGCAUGAUACAUCAACUGAAGGACACUUCCAGUGGACAGAUGGGACUCCAUUUGACUUUACCAUGUGGAAACCAAGUCAACCGGACAACUGGCGCUCGCGAGAGGACUGUGGGCAGAUACGAAGUACUUAUGGAAACAAAUGGAAUGAUGCGGGCUGUGAUUAUGAGUCGCCUUAUUUCGCCUGUAAACUACCAGCAUUAUAGGCGUAGCCAGGGAGCCAAAGGGGGGCCGCCCCCCCCCCCCCCCCCCCCCCCCCCCCCGCGUAAUCCGCUCUAAAAAAUAAACUCCACGGAGCUUUUCGGACUCGAGACAAUAACCCUAUCUCUGCCCCCUCCCCAGCCCUACCCUUACCCAGGUGUUUCAAGGGACUUUGUAAUGUUGUAUGUCGGCCCUUCGCCCCCGGCCGCCCCAGCCCUAGCUACCUUACCCAAAGUGUUUCAAGGGACUUUGUAAUGUUGUAUGUCGACACUUCCAGCCCCCCUCCGGUUUAAUAAGUUGGGCUACGUCAGGGAACAAUGUUGUUGUGCUUUUUGUUCGUGUUUUUAUAACAUGGUAACUGCACGGUAAAGCCUCUAUUUCAGACCUCAUACCCCAGGCAUGCACGCCAGCGGGACGCACAUACAGAUCGACAACAGACCAACAACAACAAAAGAUUACAUAAACCAAACGGUCCCAAAAUAUCAGUCGGUUUGGAGUCGGGUAGGCAGUCAGACUGAGGUAUUAUACCUCUUUCACAUACAACGCAAGACCCACAGAUAUCAGACAAAAUAUUGGCCAUUCGGGAUAACAUAAUAUUUUGUCGGGUUUAUUUUCAGUCUGGUGUCGGUUUCGUCGGUGUGACUGGGGUGUUUAGUCCAUCCGCAAAACCGACUACACACCGACUCCAAACCGACCGAUUCUUGCGGAGUGAUGACUGUCAUACUUGUUGUCGCUUUGAUGUCGUGCUGAUCGGUGUGAUUCAGGCGCAGAGGGCAACCCAUCUUUGAUAACAAGGUGCAUCAACGUUUAUAGCAUAAUAAUCAGAGAAACAUAUUUUGUGAAUCUUCGCAGGAAAACGGAUAAACAACAAGGGAGUUUAAAUAAGUUUGACAACUUAGAUCAAAAUCAUUGCGCGUUCGAUGACCUGAAAUUAGCAAUUUGCUGACGUCACAGUAAUGUAUUGUCAGACAACUUUUGUUAUCCUCCUCAUGAAACACAUAUUUUACUUUAUUUUAGACCAGAGCAAAUUACCACACGCCCCCCGCCUCUGGAUCCGCCACUGUCAUCUCAUACUUCACACAACCACAGCUUUCUUCUCAUUAGUCCAUUAUCUUCCAAAACUUGACAUAACCGUUUCUUUACAUUUCCUGCUUAUACUCAACUUUAACACAAAGGUGCCACCACGGAUGAUAUUGUACAUAAUGAAUUGAAUUACAUACUGGGAGACUUAGUGGGAGUCAUCGGGUCAUCGCCAGGGCCCUGGGAAGCAGGGGUGCUGCGGGGGUGCUGCAGCACCCCUGGAAAUUCUUCAGGGGGUGCGCAGCACCCCCUGCAAAAUUUUUGUCUGAUAUAUUUAAUGUAUAUCAUUAUGCUUCGUGUACGAAAUAUAGUCACACAGCCGACUGUCACAAAUUACGCUUUAAAACAAAACAAAACUUUCUUCCGCAAAAUCAUAUCAGAUGUAUUUCCCUCGAAGAGAAUUGUUUAUUAGCUUUUUGUAUUCAUCGUAUAAAUCUUCAUGAAGGUUUCACACAUUCAAUCAAACAGUAUUGUAACCAAAAAAAGAGAUUAAUUGUGAAGAAUAUAAUGACAUGACUGAAGCAUGUUUUAGUAUUUGUUUGUACAUGUCAGGUGCUACUAAGUCAUAAAUAUUAUGUUAACUGAUACUUCCUCACAAAUUACAUUUACUUUUCAGUACAUAGUUUUCACUGUUGAAACCGAUUUCUUCGAUGAAUGCAAUAAGUGGCAUGAACAGAUUUUUUUCUUCGCCUCGUCACGCAAAACGAGACAGAACUCUUCACUUACAAAAUAAAAUUAAUAUGAUUUAAAUUCAAGGAGCAACAUCAAUAGUAAUCAUUCACGUUUAACAUGAUGCCAAAUAAACAUACUUGCUUUUUGAGCAAAGGCCUUGUGAAAGUUCAUAUCAUGUAUAAAUAUUUUUUCUGCUUGUACCAUGUUUUAAAUUGCACAGACUGUAUUACGUCUUUGAUUUUCUCUUGUAAGAUCCAACUGAAGGGCAUGAAGGAAUGUACAGUGGAAAAUUAUUCCUAGCAGUGGGACCAAAAGUUUACAUAAUGAACUUACUUACAUCUGGAUGAAUAUUUUUUCUCCAGAACUAAACCACAUUUCAUAUCAUUGCUGGUCUGUAAAUGAAUGCUCGAAGAUGAAUAAAUGCCUACAAGAAUACAAGAAAAUAAAAAUCCAAUAAAUCAACUCAGAAGUAAGAUUAUGGGAGAGAUGCAUCCACUUUCUUACUCUCUCGCAAACUCGUAACUCUUUGAGAUUCAUGCCAUGAGUAAUUGAGUUUGAAUAAUCAAAAUAUUGUGCAUCAAUCUAUAACGUAACAUCUUAAACAUUUUGUUGAAUUAUAAAUAAAUUAUGCAGAGUUGUUUGAAUGGAAAGAUAAACACCUACACACUGAAACAUCGCUGAAGUAAAAUGUAUCUUUCUGAAUAUUUGAGAAUUGAGAACUUACUGUAAUAAAGUUGAAGCUAUGUUAAAGCUGGUGCUAUUUCAUAAAGGUCAGAUAAGUUUUAUUGAUUGUGUUUCUGUCUUUUAGUUAUUGUGAAGUGGUGAUGUAGAACUGAGUCCCCGACCCGAUGUGAUGACCCGAUGAUUUGAAAUAGGCCGUACAUAAUUGCGUUUUGGCACACUCAACAAAAGUACUUUCAGUGAGACUUCAGAUGAUGGCAUACAACAAUACGCAUGUGCAUAAAGAACGAAAAUGUAUGAUUGAAUUAAUAAUAUGUAGGCCUAUUUGUGUACAUGCUCAGAUAUUGAAAACGAAUCAUUGAGAAUUUCAUUAAAUCUCGUUAAAUAUCAUAAUUCGAAAUAGAGAAAUGAGGAAGAGAACAAAAGAGAUGUGGUUAUCAACGGAGCGUUUAGUAGUUCACAGUUAUAGUGAACGCACACAGAUAAAAACAUUUUGGAGGAGUCUCAAUUAGCAAGGCACGUAAUAUUGUUUUUUAAAUGAAAACUUACUUUUCGGAGAUUAUUGUUGUAAGAGUCGUUUUGCACUUCAGUGUUUGUCAUGCAUUGGCAGAGGUCUCUUUAUUGUUGUUGUUGUUUUAUUAAAGAUUAAUUGAGCUUUAUCUUCCUACAUCA